UCUUUACCUAACAGACCCUGAAUUUGUAAUGAAAUAUUAUAAUAUGGAGAGGGAAUGGAAUUGCACGUAUCGGUGGGGUAUUUCGUAAAGAUUACUGGGUAGCGAGAGAGAGAGACGAUGGAAGAGCAGGGCGGAGGCGGGGAGGAGCAUGGAGUUCUCCUCUAUUACAGAUAUGUCACCAUCCCCGACGUUCCUUCCAUGGCUCUCUUCUUCCGUGCCAACUGUGAGUCCCUUGGUCUCCUCGGCCGCGUUCGCAUCUCCCCCUCCGGCGUCAAUGUCACUGUCGGCGGCAAGAUGACUUCUUUGAAGCAACAUAUUGCUGCGGUGGAGUCGUAUUCAUUGUUCGAAGGAACUGAUUUCAAGCUCGCAUCUUGCCGGAGACCAUCAGACGAUAGGGUUGCUACGGAGUGCGGAUUUACUACCCUUUCAGUUCGAGUCGUCAAGGAAUUAGUUACCCUUUGCUCUCAUCCAUUGCCGAGGCCACUGUCCAUUUCAAAUGCUGGAGAACAUCUUUCAGCAGCUGAGUUUCAUUCUGUUAUCCAAAAUGCAGGGACAAAGGACUCUAAAUUUUAUAAAGGACAUGUUUUAUUGGAUGCAAGAAACAUCUAUGAGACAAGAAUUGGGAAGUUUCAGGCUGCAGAGGUUGAUACUUUAGAUCCAGGGAUCAGGCAAUACAGCGACCUGCCUGCUUGGAUAGAUGCACAUUCGGACAAGCUGCAAGGAAACUGCAUUCUAAUGUACUGCACUGGAGGUAUACGCUGUGAAAUGGCAUCUGCAUACCUAAAGACAAAGGGUUCUGGAUUUGAGAAUGUUUAUCAGUUGUCAGGUGGAAUACAGAGGUACUUGGAGCAGUUCCCUGAUGGUGGUUUUUUCAAAGGGAAGAAUUUUGUUUUUGAUCACAGGAUUUCUGUUGGAAGUUCUGAUACAGAUGUUAUUGGCUCAUGCUUACUUUGUGGUGCCCUAUUUGAUGAUUACUCAUCACGUCAUCGUUGCCAUCUUUGUAGAAUGCUAGUUUUGGUUUGUGAGAACUGCCAGAAAAAUGGCAGUGCUAUCUACAUUUGUGAACUAUGUCAGACGAGUAGGAAGGGAAAUGUAUCGACUUGCUUACAAGAAAAUACUACAUUGUUGAUGGAAUCAAUGCCUGAGGAACUGCAGGAAAUGAAGCCUGAAUCAGCUACAUUUUGUGGUUUGACAAAAUACUUGCCUGAGCCGUCUGGCCUAUGUGGUGAGUCUCUAGAUUCCAUGGCUCGACAGAAAUUGCGAAUACUCUGCCUACAUGGAUUUCGGCAGAAUGCUUCAGGAUUCAAGGGAAGACUGGGAUCAUUCAUGAAGAAACUGAAGCAUCUAGCUGAAUUUGUCUUCGUUGAUGCACCGCAUGGACUGCCAUUUAUUGUUCAACCUCAUCCUACUCAAUUGAACGGGGAAGGAGCUCAAUUUCCUGCGGAAAAUGGAGCUGCUGCAUCCAGUAGUUCUCCUCUGGCAUAUUCUUUUCAGUCAACUGCCAGUAGAAGAUAUGCAUGGUUGGUUACGAAAAAGCAAGAGAACCUCACUUCGACAGAGUGGGAGGUAGCUAAUGAGCCAUUUGACCCAUCUCAGUACCAGAAACAAACUGAAGGAUGGGAAAAAUCUUACAAUUUUCUAAAGAAAACUUUUAGUCAGAUGGGCCCAUUUGAUGGGGUGAUGGGCUUCUCUCAAGGUGCUUCAAUGGCUGCCACUCUUUGUGCUCGACGUGCACACGAUGUUGACAUAGAUUUCAAGUUUGCAAUUUUGUGUUCAGGGUUUUGUACACCAGCCUUUGUAUUUAAGGGACUUAUAGAAUGUCCUUCCCUUCACAUAUUUGGUGGAACAGUUUCCAAGGACAAGCAGAUUUCCCGUGAUGCGAGCUUUAAGUUAGCAAACUUAUUUAAUCCCGCCUGUACCGUCGUUCUGGAACAUAAUUCAGGUCACAUUGUUCCUACGGAGGCUGCGUAUAUCAGCCAGAUAAAAAACUUCCUUCAACGAUUUCAGUAAUUUUAUAUAAACUCGCCUACCAUUUGAUUUGCUUGUCAUA